AUGACGACGCCCGAGCGGUCGAGGGAGGCGCCGAGCGUCGAGGCGUUGUUUCAAGCCUCGGCGAGUCGCGAGGCGCGCGCGAGGAUGGAACUGCUGGAGCGUCGUCUGACGUCGGCGUCGCCGGCGAGUGGACGUAAGCGACGCGAUCGAGCGCGGGAGAGGGAGAACGGCGGGCGCGAGGAGGAUGCGGGCGUGGAGCGGUGCGCGGUGGCGGAUAGCGCGAGCGACUCGAGCGACUCGAGCGACGACGAGGAUGGUACGGCGUACGGGGUCGUUCGAUCGGGUGAGGGCGGCGGGAAGAAGAGACGACGUGGAGAUGGGGCGGGUCGAAGGGCGAGCGACGCGGAGAACGAGCGGCCGAUGAGCGGGGGGGGCGUCGCGCGUUCGAAGCGCCACCCGUCGCAAACGGCGGCGACGGCAAAGAAAACUGUGACGCAGGAGGCGAACGCGUCCCUUCUCGAACGAUUUGAAAACACAAACUCGCGAGGGGCGAAUCGCGAGAUGUUGGUGGCGUUUGGCAGCACCGCGGGCGCUCGGGAGGAUGCGGGGAGCGCAAAAAAGGUGAAGGACCUCGAGGAAAAGUUGGCGACGGCGGAGAAGGAUCGCGAGGCGUACGAGCGCGCGUGUGACGAGCUGAGGGCGUUGAACAACGAUUUAAAGCUUAAACACGAGCGCGCGAACGAGGCCAGGGCGAGAGGCGUCCAUCAGCUUGCGGUGAAAUUGGCGGCGCUCGAGCGAAAGCAGAUGCGCAUGCAAAUCGCCGAGGAGGGCUUACGUUUAGGAACUAUCGGCGUUCAGAGAGUGGGAUCGGUGCUUCAGGAAGUCUGGGAAGACGGACGGGCGUUCCAUGAGCUCGAUGAGCGCCUCAAUCGUUUGGCCGAAUCGAAAAAACUCGCCGAGGAGAAGAGAAAGCAGGUAAAGAAGAAAUUGCCGCCGCCAGGAAGCGCGCAGAUGGACACGGCGGCUCACGCCGAGUACGUCUUGAGCGAAGAGGUGCACAAAGCGCGCAUGGCCAUCAUUCGCAAAGAAGAAGAAUCAAUCAAAACGGAGCGGGAGGCACUGGAGCGUGAAAAGGCGGCGCAUAUUCGCGCACUCAAGCGCGUGCGAGACGAAGACGGAUCCAGAUUCAACAAGCAUCCUGUGCUGGGCGAUCGGUACGUCUUGAUGAAUCUCCUCGGUCGAGGCGGUUUCAGCGAAGUUUACAAGGCUUUCGACUGCGUGGAGAUGCGCGAAGUCGCGUGCAAGCUGCAUCAGCUGAAUCCACAGUGGAGCGAAGAGCGUAAGCGCACGUACGUCAGACACGCCGCUCGCGAGUGCUCCAUUCAUAAAGCGCUCGACCAUCCGCAUGUGGUUCGAUUGAUCGACGUUUUCGAGGUUGAUUGCGAUAGCUUCUGCACUGUCCUGGAGCUUUGCACCGGGGACGAUUUAGACGCGCGCUUGAAGGCGCAAGGUAGCAUCAGCGAACGCGAGGCGCGAGCCAUCUUGGCGCAAGUCUUUAGCGGUUUGGCGUACAUGAGCACCGGACCAAAACGCAUCAUCCACUACGAUUUGAAACCUGGGAACAUUCUUUUCGACGAAGCCGGUCGAGUAAAGAUCACAGACUUCGGUUUGAGCAAAAUCAUGGAGGAGCGCAACGUUGGAUUCGGUGCCGAUAGCGGCAUGGAGCUCACGUCACAGGGCGCCGGGACGUACUGGUACUUGCCGCCUGAGUGCUUUGAGACGGGUCCGGCGCCGCCAAAAAUCUCGAGCAAGGUUGACACGUGGUCUUGUGGGGUCAUCCUGUUCCAGAUGAUUUAUGGAAAACGACCGUUCGGGCACGACAUGUCGCAGGAGCAAAUCCUUCACGCAGGAACGAUUCGAAAUGCGAAGGACGUGGAGUUUCCAAGCAAGCCGUCUAUUUCUUCUGAGGGCAAAGCGUUCAUCAGGCGUUGCCUGGCAUACAAGCAGAGCGAUCGACCGGAUGUGUUAGAGGCGAGUAAGGAUCCGUACAUGACUUUUUUGACAAAAUAG